GCGUCUCUUUUACUCUACAAGGUGUUUUAAUAAAUAGCAAAAAGAGUUUUAUAGACGUUUUCCAGCCGGGUUCUCAUAAUACAUACCGCGUUCGCACUUCGAAGACCACACUAAGCUGUAUUUAGUUACCGAAAUAGCAACACACCAAAAAUCGCAGGAACCGUUCCUUCAAACGGAAAAAGAAAACAGAUCUGACAUUCCUGGAACACAUCAAAUAAUCAGAAUGAUUGAACAAGUAACCGAACAACUUGCGUCUAUACAACUUAAAGAUGAAGAUGUAGCUGCGUAUAUUGCAGGCAUUGUCCAAGACGAUUCGAUAGCUGACGAUGAAAAGCAUGAAGUUAUUGCCGAGUUUUUGGCUGCAACGACCGAUGAAAAUACGGAUAAAGUGAUUGAAAACAUUCUCAAUGAAUGGAAAGAGCUACAGAGUAGCGAGGAAAAGAAACGCGCAGAAGAGAAAGCAAAGGCAUUGGAAGAAAUCCAUGAACGCCAAAAGGCAAGACAGGAACAGUCAGCUAAAGAAAUGGAAACCAAUGCCGAGUUAAGACGAAGCAAUCUGUCAAAACAGAUGAGCAAGGAAGAACGCGCUCAGCGUGAACGUUUAAUGCAACAGUACGGAUACGAUUCGAAUCAAGUGGUGCGAGAAACUGCAAACGGCGAAACGGAAAUUGUGUACAAGGAGCGUGGCAGUGGUGGUGGAACAGGAGGUUCAGCAGAUCCAUUGAUGACAAGCAACCGGAACGCGGAUAUCAUUAAAGAACAAGAUCAAAAGCGACGAGAGCAAAUGAAAAAGCAAUCCGAUGCAGAGAAGGAAAGAAACAAAAUGCUGCUGGAGAAGCAGCGGCAGAAGGAGGAAAAGGACAAACGUCGCACGGUGAAAAAGGAGAAAAGACGCAUGUAGUAGUAGUAGUAGUAGUAGUAGUAGUAGUAGUAGUAGUAG